AUGGAGGAAGGAGGCCACGGCGUGCAGAGUCUGGUCCCAGGUGGACCGGUGUAACUGGUCCUCUGUGGCCUCCUAGAGGCGUCCAGCAGCCGAGCGCUCCCCCAACUCAGCAAUGACAUCCUUUUCGUAGUCAACUGGCCCGGCACUGAGUUCUCUCUGCCUACAACUGGAGUUUUGUGUAAAGAAGAUAAUUAUGUCAUCAUGACAACUACACAUAAAGAAAAAUAUAAAUGCAUUCUUCCUCUUGUGAUAGGUGGGGAUGAGGAAGAAGAAAAGGAUUAUAAAGGCCCUAAUCCAAGGGAUUUAUUGGAGCCACUAUUUAAACAAAGCAGUUGUUCCUACAGAAUUGAGUCUUAUUGGACUUAUGAAGUAUGUCAUGGAAAACAUAUUCGGCAGUACCAUGAAGAGAAAGAAAGUGGUCAGAAAGUAAAUAUUCACAAGUACUACCUUGGAAAUAUGUUGGCUAAGACCCUUCUGUCUGAAAAAGAACACAAAGCAGAAGAAAAGGAAAAAUCAAAAGAGAUUCCUAAAAAUAUCAAAGGUCAGAUGACACCCUACUAUCCUGUGGGAAUGGGAAAUGGUACACCUUGUAGUUUGAAACAGAACCGGCCCAGAUCAAGUACUGUGAUGUACAUAUGUCAUCCUGAAUCUAAGCAUGAAAUUCUGUCAGUAGCUGAAGUUACAACUUGUGAAUAUGAAGUUGUCAUUUUGACACCACUCUUGUGCAAUCAUCCUAAAUAUAGAUUCAGAGCAUCUCCAGUGAAUGACAUCUUUUGCCAGUCACUGCCAGGAUCGCCGUUUAAACCCCUCACCCUGAGACAGUUGGAACAGCAGGAAGAAAUUCUAAGGGUGCCUUUUAGGAGAAAUAAAGAGGAAGAUUUGCCAUCAACUAAAGAAGAGAGAUUCCCAGCAGUCCAUAAACCCAUUACUAUUGGUUCUCAGCCGAUGCUCACUGUUGGAACAACCCACAUUUCCAAAUUGACAGAUGACCAACUCAUAAAAGAGUUCCUUAGUGGUUCUUACUGCUUUCAUGGGGGUGUUGGUUGGUGGAAAUACAAAUUCUGCUAUGGCAAACAUGUACAUCAAUACCAUGAGGACAAGGAUAGUGGGAAAACUGCUGUGGUUGUCAGGACAUGGAACCAAGACGAGCAUAUUGAGUGGGCUAAGAAGAACACUGCCAGAGCCUAUCACCUUCAAGACAAUGGCACCCAGACAGUCAGGAUGGUGUCACAUUUUUACGGGAAUGGAGAUGUCUAUGAUAUAACUGACAUACCAAGACAGGUGACCGUAAAACUGAAGUGUAAAGAAUCAGAUUCUCCUCAUGCUGUUACUGUAUAUAUGCUAGAGCCUCACUCGUGUCAGUAUAUCCUUGGGGUUGAAUCUCCAGUGAUCUGUAAAAUCUUAGAUACCACAAAUGAAAAUGGACUUCUUUCUCUCCCCAACUAAAGAAUAAUAAAGUUCAGGGAAAGAAAAUAUCAUUGAAAGUCUUAAUGAUUUCUGACCAUGUGUCUCAUUAUAGAGUUCUCAGCCAUUGGACCUCAUCUAAAGGAUCAUAUAAAAGGACUCCCAACCACUUUGUGAAUAUAUAUGUGUAUAGAAGAGGUUGUUGAUAAACUUCUAAGGCAGGCAUUUGUCUCACAUUUUUUAUUUUUAUUGUGUCUAAUCA